AUGCUGUGGGCUUCGUGCAUUUAUCCUUACCAUUUCGUCAUCGUCAUCAUCGCCGGCGAUGCAUCCAGCGGCAAGGGCGGCAAGGGCCUCGGCAAGGGCGGGGCCAAGCGCCACCGCAAGAUUCUGCGCGACAACAUCCAGGGCAUCACCAAGCCUGCUAUUCGCCGUCUGGCCCGCCGUGGCGGUGUCAAGCGUAUAUCUGCCAUGAUCUACGAGGAAACCCGUGGCGUCCUCAAGUCGUUCCUUGAGAGCGUCAUCCGCGACGCCGUCACCUACACUGAGCACGCCAAGCGCAAGACGGUCACCUCGCUUGACGUGGUCUAUGCCCUCAAGCGCCAGGGCCGCACCCUCUACGGCUUCGGUGGUUAAGCGAAACCUCGCGACGGCGCAGGGGUUGGCGAUCGGGUGUAUGGUUAUGGCAUGAUCGGAUGCAUAUUUUCCGCGGUUGUUUUUCACGUAUGGCGUUGGGAUGGGGUAUCAGGGCAAACUAUGACACGGUCGAUGGGAAUGACCACGGCGUCUUGGAAGGCGAGUAAAGCCGAUGAAAUGCAUUGAUUUUGAUCAUCACUUGCUGUUGCCUGCGCUGUGACUGGACCAUAUGUGAUGGUGUCCAUGCUUUUAUAAGCUGCUUCCCUGGUAUCUACAAAUAUUUCCUUCCAGCCGCCGCA